GGCAGUCCUGGGAGAGACCACUGCGGGGCGGGGGGGCGGAGGGUUCCGGUAGCCGGUGCGCGGCCGCAGCUCGCGGCGGAGCCGGGACAGCGGGACACCGGGACAGCCGGGAUAACCGGGACACCCCGCGGGCCCAGCCGGCGCCGAUGCCGAGCAGCAGCUGACGGCGGCGGGGACGCGGAAAUGGAGCCGCGGCCGGGCCGGGCCGUGCGGGCGCUGUGCGGCCUCUCCCUCCUGCUGCUCCUGCUGCCGGCCGUGCCGCAGCCCGGCCGCGCCGAGCGGGCCCCCGGCUCGCACCUGGACGAGUCGGCCAUCGCAGAGUUCUGCCGCAUCGACAAGGCCCUGUGCCACGACGAGGACGAGCAGCUGAGCUUCGAGGCCGUGCGCAACAUCCACAAGCAGAUGGACGACGACGCCAACGGCAACGUGGACGUGGAGGAGAGCGACGAGUUCUUGAGGGAAGACUUGAAUUACCAUGACCCAGCAGUCAAGCACAGCACUUUCCAUGGAGAGGACAAGCUCAUCAGUGUGGAGGAUCUCUGGAAGGCCUGGAAAACAUCCGAAGUGUACAACUGGACGGUGGACGAGGUGGUGCAGUGGCUCAUUGCCUACGUGGAGCUGCCCCAGUACGAGGAGACCUUCCGCAAGCUGCAGCUCAGCGGCCACGCCAUGCCCAGGCUGGCAGUGAACAACGCCACCAUGAUGGGCACUGUGCUCAAGAUGACCGACCGCAGCCACCGGCAGAAGCUGCAGCUCAAGGCCCUGGACACGGUGCUCUUCGGGCCUCCCCUCUUGACUCGUCACAACCACCUCAAGGACUUCAUGCUGGUGGUGUCCAUCGUCAUCGGCGUGGGCGGCUGCUGGUUCGCCUACAUCCAGAACCGCUACUCCAAGGAGCACAUGAAGAAGAUGAUGAAGGACCUGGAGGGUCUCCACAGGGCUGAGCAGUCUCUCCAUGACCUGCAGGAGAGGCUGCAGAAGGCGCAGGAGGAGCACCGCUCCGUGGAGGUGGAGAAGGUGCACCUGGAGAAGAAGCUGCAGGACGAGAUCAGCAUUGCCAAGCAGGAGGCACACCGGCUGCGGGAGCUGCGCGAGGGCACCGAGAACGAGCUCAGCCGCCAGAAGUACGCCGAGCAGGAGCUGGAGCAGGUGCGGAUGGCGCUGAAGAACGCGGAGAAGGAGCUGGAGUCGCACUGCAGCUGGGCUGCCCCCGAGGCCCUGCAGAAGUGGCUGCAGCUGACCCACGAGGUGGAGGUGCAGUACUACAACAUCAAGAAGCAGAACGCAGAGAAGCAGCUGCUGGUGGCCAAGGAGGGGGCUGAAAAGAUCAAAAAGAAGCGAAACACCCUUUUUGGGACGUUCCAUGUUGCCCACAGUUCCUCUCUGGAUGACGUGGAUCACAAAAUCUUAACUGCAAAGCAGGCGCUGAGCGAGGUGACGGCGGCGCUGCGGGAGCGCCUGCACCGCUGGCAGCAGAUCGAGCUGCUCUGCGGCUUCCAGAUCGUCAACAACCCCGGCCUGCACUCGCUGGCCUCGGCCCUCAACAUCGACCCCGCCUGGAUGGGCACGCCCCGGCCCAACCCCUCGCACUUCAUCAUCACCGACGACGUGGACGACCUGGACGAGGAGCUGGUGUCACCCAUGUCCAUCCAAUCUCCGGCCUUGCCCAGCACAGUCCGGCAGCGCCUGGUGGAGCCGCAGCACGGCCACGGAUCGCAGAGGUUGGUAGAGAGUCUCGUGCCGGGGCAGCCCGAGGCAGGCCCCGUGGCCCCGCUGCGGGCGGGCCGAGUGUCCCUGCGCCGAAUGCACAGCCUCACCUCCGGACAGUCCUUCAGCUCCGACCUGCCCGGCUCCAGCCCAUCGCCUGCCUCCACCUCCUCCACCUCCUGCUCCUCAUCCACCACCACCGCACCUGCUCCUGCUUGCCAUGUCCACCCUAUCUAUUACCAUCACACCACCUCUUAUUUCCUCCAGAUGGAUUCCAUCCCCGACCUGCCCCCUCCUGAUGUCACCUCUGGAGUUCGCUGUCGCACUGGGAGCUUUGGAGAUUUAACUCGCUGCGACUCCGACUCCUCCAUCCCGCACCUGAGCGACCACCAGCGUAUCCCCAGCUCGGCGCCCAAGCUGCUGGCUGCCCGGCCCACGCUGCUGACCAGGUCCAUGGAGGAGGCUGCCCCCGCGGCCCCGGGCCCCGGCGCGCCCACCCCCAACGGCGGCAGCCGGCACGGGGAGCCCUCCGCCCUGGCGGCCUUGCAGGAGCGGCUGCCCGAGAGCCCCAUGGUGAUGAAGAAGAUGAUGAUGGUGAACCACGGCAUGGAGAAGUCCUCCAGCCUGGGGGAGAUCAGCCACCCGACGGCCGGCAAGCCCAGCCACUCGGAUUCGUCGCGGUCGCACAGCCCCAGCUCCACCGACCCCGACACCCCCUCCCCCAUCUCUGACUGCCGGCCCAGCGGCGCCAGGAACACCCGCAUCCCGCAGCUGGCCGCCAAGAAGAGCCCGGGGGACGAGGACAGCAGCCUGACGGGCGACGAGGUUGACCUCGGCCAGAGCAAGAAAAAGUUCCCCCUAAAGAUCUUCAAGAAGCCCAAGAAGUAGGGGGGGAGCCCCCGGACGCGUCCCGCCGGGCCGGGCCGGCCGUGCCCCGGGAGCGCAGCGCGGCCCCGCACCCGAGCCCCCAGCGCCGGCACGGGAGGAGCUAUUUAAACUUAUUUAUUUCCUCAUCUCCGAGGCGAGAAGCGCGAGAAGAGCCGCCCCUGCCUGCCUCCCUCCGACCGCUGCGGUCCCGGCUUUGCUGUGCAUGGCUUCCAGUUACUCCUGCUCUGCUCAGCCACGCGGCCUUUGGGUUUGGUUUCAAUGUGGUUUUAUUUUUUAUUUUAUUUUAUUUUAUUUUAUUUUCUGUCGUUGUUAUUAAUUUGUU